AUGGCGACCAGCCCGCUGCCCGGCCCCACCGAUAUUUUGCUGCCGUCGCCGUCCAGCGCGUACCCGCCGGACCCCAUGAACCAGCCGAGGGCCGGCCACGCCGCCAUGAAGCCCAACCAGGUGGGGCAGGUGAUCCUCUACGGCAUCCCGAUCGUCUCCCUGGUCAUCGACGGGCAGGAGCGGCUGUGCCUGGCGCAGAUCUCCAACACCCUCCUCAAAAACUUCAGCUACAACGAGAUCCACAACCGGCGGGUGGCCCUGGGCAUCACCUGCGUGCAGUGCACGCCGGUGCAGCUGGAGAUCCUGCGGCGCGCCGGGGCCAUGCCCAUCUCCUCCCGCCGCUGCGGCAUGAUCACCAAGAGGGAGGCAGAGCGGCUCUGCAAGUCCUUCUUGGGGGAGAACCGGCCCCCCAAAUUGCCGGAUAACUUCGCCUUCGACGUAUCCCACGAGUGCGCCUGGGGAUGCCGCGGGAGCUUCAUUCCGGCCCGCUACAACAGCUCCCGAGCCAAGUGCAUCAAGUGUAGCUACUGCAGCAUGUACUUCUCGCCCAACAAGUUCAUCUUCCACUCCCACCGCACCCCCGACGCCAAGUACACCCAGCCCGACGCCGCCAACUUCAACUCCUGGCGCCGCCACCUGAAGCUGACCGACAAGAGCCCCCAGGAUGAGCUGGUCUUCGCCUGGGAGGAUGUCAAGGCCAUGUUCAACGGCGGCAGCCGCAAGCGCGCCCUGCCGCCCGCCCCGCCGGCCCCCGCCGCCGCUGCCCCCGCCGCCUGCCAUCCGCUGGGCUCGGUGAAGGCGGCGGCGGUGGUGGGCGGCGGGCUGCUGAGCCCGCACCUCCUGGCCGCCCCGCCCGACCUGCACCAGAAGCGGCCGCGCUUCGAGGAGGACGAGGAGCUGCAGGAGGCGGUGGCGGCGGCGCACGGCGGCAAGAGCCCGCGGAGCUACCCCGUCAUCCCGGUGCCCAGCAAGGGCUCCUUCGGCGGCAUGCUCCAGAAGUUCCCCGGCUGCGGCGGGCUCUUCCCGCACCCCUACGGCUUCCCCGCCGCCGCCUUCGGGCUCUGCCACAAGAAGGAGGAGGGCGGCGGCGGCGAUGCCCUCGGCGGGGCGGCCGCGCACAAGGCCGGCGGGGCGGCGGCGGCGGGCGGCGGGCUCUCGGGGCUCUUCUGGCCGGGCAGGAAGGACGCCGCCUUCUACCCGCCCUUCUGCAUGUUCUGGCCGCCGCGCACCCCGGGCGGGCUGCCGGUACCCACCUACCUGCAGCCGCCGCCGCAGCCCCCCGGCGCCCUGGGAUGCUCGCUCGGGGGGGACGGGGCGGGCCUGCUGCGCCAGGCUUUCCUGGACCUGUCGGAGCCCGGCGGGUACCACCACUCCAGCGCCUUCCGCCCGGUGGGCGGCAAGGAGGACUCGGAGAGCCUGGCCAAGCUGCACGGCGGUGGAGGCCCCCCGCGCUCCGCCUCGCCGCUGCAGCUSCUGCUGCCGCCGCCGCCGCCGCCGCCCCCCGAGGAUGCGGGAUGCGAGAGGCACCCGCACCCUCCGCACGCCGCCCAUCGCCUCCUCUCCCCCGGAGGCACCAGCUGCAGCUUCGCCAGCGAAGAGAGCAGCGAGGAGGAGGAGGACGAGGAGGAGGAAGACGAGCCCGAGGUGGACGUCGAGGGGCACAAGCCASCCGAGGAGGAGGAAGAGGAGGAGGAGGAGGAAGGCGAGGAAGAACCCCGCGGCGGAGACCCUUUGGCGGCCGGCGGCCGCUUCCCACCCGCCCGGGGGCUGCAGGAGAAGGGCGGCCGGGAGCGCCCCGCCGCCGGCCCCUUCCCCCGYCCGCCCGUCGAGGAGAAGCCUGGGGAUGGUCAAGCACCGUCGCAGCCGCCUGCCGGGGCCCCGCGGGCGGGCAGCGGCGGCAGCAGCCCCGUGCAUCACCCGGCGCCUGAGGAGCAGCCCCUCUACAAGGAUAAUCAGAAGAACAAGGAGGGUAAUCAGGUCAUCUUGCCUACGAAAGAGGACACCUUCUCAGAUAAGAACAAGGAGCAUAAUUUUUUCAUCACAGAUUCAGAGCCUUCAGGAGGAGACUUCUGGAGAGAUAUAGCAGGAGAACACACACAAGAAACCAAUUCACCUCAUUCUCUGAAGAAGGAUGUGGAAAAUAUGGGGAAAGAGGAGCUCCAGAAGGUUUUGUUUGAGCAGAUCGACCUACGGAGGAGGCUGGAACAGGAAUUCCAGGUGUUGAAAGGAAAYGCGUCUUUCCCAGUCUUCAAUAAUUUUCAAGAUCAGAUGAAGCGGGAACUGGCGUACAGAGAAGAAAUGGUGCAGCAGCUACAAAUCAUUCCCUAUGCAGCAAGCUUGAUCAGGAAAGAAAAGCUCGGUGCACACCUCAGCAAAAGCUAA